AUGGUGAAAGAAAUAUACACAUUAGAUGGAGGGAAAAUAUCUGAGUUCGAACGCUUGAGGUUGGGGAAUUUUGAUUUUUUAUCAUGUAGAAAUGAUGAAUCUGAGAAUGGUAUUAAUAAUAAGGAGGAGAUGAUGAACAUUUUAGAAAAUAUACAUUUAAGUUACCUUCUCGCAGGUUCUAAUGUAAUAACUACAAAUACUUUUCAAGUGAACCUAUAUAGUUUAAGAGAAAAAAACAUGAAUAUAGAACAGGGGGAAAGGAUAAUAAAUACAUAUAUAGAUAUUGCCUACAAUGCAAUGGAGAAAUUUCAAAGAAUCAAGAAAAGAGACGAUUUUGCAUUGUUGCAAAGUGAAAAACGAGAAUCCAUUUAUAAUCAUCUGGAAUACUUCCAAAAGGUUAGAAGUAAAAUUGGUAUUGUUCAUCCAAACGAUUCUGUCAAUGUAAAGGAUUAUGUAGACAGUUUCGAUUUGUGGAAUGUCACCACAAAAAAAGGGAUGGGAGGAAGAAACGAGAAGGACUACAUUAGAAGAUGCAAAAAUUAUUAUGUCGCAUUUUCAAAUGGAAGCUACAGUUCGGCUUUUUGUGAUUUUAGUGAAUAUUCUGGUGUUAUGCACAAGGGAGGAGGAGAAGAAGAAGAAGAAGAAGAAGGAAGAAAAACUACUGAAUGGAAAACUCCAUCGAAAAAAAACACGAUACGUAGAAAACAUUUUGACAUAAAAAUAAACACUGAUAUUGGAAGAUGGUUCACUCCCGUGUGUCACAACAAACAACAUGAUGUUAUAUCAAUGGUUCCUGUGAAUAGAACAGAGAUUAAAAAUGCAACGACAAUGGAUUCAUUCCUGAAUAGGAAGCUGUUCAAUUAUGGAUUAGAAUACUACAUAGAUGUAAGUGAUGAGGAAAUUAUAUCCAACUGCAAAUUUAAAUUAGGAUCUUUUUCACGAAAUAGAGAUAAAGUUGAGUUAUUUUCAUUAGUUACAUGUUCAAACAUAAGAGAAGUAUUCACAUUUUAUAAUUUAAUAAAAUAUUAUGGGGGCAUUUUCCAGAACAAUGUAGUAAUAAAUUUCUACUGUAAUAGUAAUAAAUACAUUGGCUGUUCAGGUUAUUCCUUUUUCGAUGUAGUUUUAAUUUUAUUAUAUUUGGAUUCAUUCAAUAAAUAUAUAAAAGCUAUUGGAGUAAAUUGUGUAAAUAUUGAUUAUGUGCACGAUUUAUUUUUUCCUAUUAAGAAAUUUGUCUCUUCAUAUUACAACAUUAGGAGAGAUACAUACAAAAGUGAAAAUGUAGAAAUAAACACAUUUGUUAAUACCCUUUUGAAUAAUUUAAAAAAAAACAGAUGCAUCGACGAUGUGCAUUUUUUUGCCUCUCCUAAUAAAUCCUUGAAGCAAGUCUCAUAUGACUCUUCCAAAAAUCACAUUAACUUUGAAACAUUGCAUGAACCCCACAAGCAUGUGUACAAUUAUGUGGAUUCCUGGUUAGAUCUAGGUCUUAGCGGGUUCGGGGGUUGUUGCUACUAUAAUCCAUAUGACAUAUCUCUGCUUGAUUACAAAUUGGGGUGCAGGACGAUAGGACGAACGGGACGAGAUGCAGUGCGUUUGCAAAAAUGA